CCAGCACCAACACCAGCACCAGUGAGCGUGUCCAUGGUCGCGGCCCAUCGUCGCGACGCCGGCCUGGUGUCUUCGUCUCUUCGUCGACAGUGCAGCCUCAUGCUCUGCCCUGGCCUGGCCGCUUGCCACCGCCUCCGUUACCUUAGUUACCGACCGCAGUUACCAUAGCGACCGCUACCCGCCAAUCGGCACGCUUACCAAAAGUUACGGAUUUUUUUUCUUUUUUUCCAUUUAUCAGUGUUACUGCGUUUAGUGGUUUUUGUGCGUUUUCAUUGCGUCACCUGAAAUCAGCUUAUUGCAGAUUUAAACGAAACCCUGCAUGAAUCUUGAAUGAAUUUCUUCAGCUGAAAAAAGGAGUGACCAACAUUUUAUAAUGAUGAAGAGAUGUUCUCUCAUAACUGCAAGCAUGAUUUCAAAAUUCGUCAAAGGUCAUCUCUUGUACUCGUAGCGCUUAUCUCUGUGUGGCUCGUUGCAGUGAGGGCCCAGUAUGAAGAAAUCAUCGAUCCGGAGCUCGAGAAAAAGGGUCCGCAGGUCAACAUCAAAAAUGCGCGAGACCUGCAGAACACAACGUCCUGCGUGGAGCCUCCCUACGAGUGCCCACAUCCCAGGAUACAGUUCUUUCUGUACACGAGGUACACACAAACGCGACCUGAUAUCCUCGACACAACCAAUGAUCUCUCUCUGUACGAAUCUCAUUUCAACCCCGCUCAUCCAACCAAAGUCCUUAUCCAUGGAUUUCAAGGAGGGCGUAUCUAUUCUCCGAGCACUGAUAUCAGAAGGGCGUACUUCAGCCGCGGGAAUUACAACAUUAUCGUGGUGGAUUACUCAAGCCUGGUCCUGAUUCCGUGCCUGAGUCAGAUCGAGUGGUCUCCGCGCUUCUGCGCCAUGUGCAUCGCCCAGAUGGCCGAGUACCUGGCCCGCCACCCCCGGGGGGUGCCCCCCGAGCGGCUCCACCUCAUUGGCUACAGCAUCGGGGCCCACAUCGGCGGCCUCACCGCCAAUUUCCUCCCCUUCGGCAAACUAGGCCGCAUCACUGGUCUGGAUCCAACGAUAAUUUUCUACAUGGGAAACAAUCGAAGUCGAGACUUGGAUCCGUCGGAUGCCAAGUUCGUGGACAUCAUUCACACAGGUGCGGGAGUGCUCGGGCAAUGGGGUCCCAAUGGUCACGCGGACUUCUACGUCAAUGGUGGCACCAGCCAACCAGGAUGCAGCAGUGAUACUCUAAUCAAGCAACUUUCAUGCGAUCACACUGUAGUGACACCAUACUUUGUUGAGUCCAUCAACAGCGAGAGAGGUUUUUGGGCAGUGCCUUGCCCGAAUCGGUUCCUUUUCAACCUGGGUCUCUGUGACGGCGCCAUAUCCGAAUACGUGCCGAUGGGGGAACACGUUCCCUGGAGGGCCAGAGGUGUAUAUUACUUAACGACGAAUGCCAAGAAACCUUAUGCCAAAGGGAUGCCGGAUGGGAAGAAACCGCCUUUCAGAGCACUACCACCACCAGAGGUUUAACCCACCCGUGUAUCACCGAAUGCCAAUUGAUCAUUGGUUACCUACCUUUAAGUUACCAGGAGCCCAGAUUUCUCUACCAUCAUUUUUUUAAUGUUUUAUCAUAUAGUCUGAGCAAUCUCAAGAAUUCUGUGGCCAUAUUGUCUUCAUUCCGAAAUCACUUUUCAACAAUCGAUAAAAUUCCCGUUCUGUAAUUAAAAUUUUUUCUAUGUUUCUUCUAUUCAAAGGUUCAAAUUGAAUUUAUAUGCAGUCAUAGUCCAUCAUUUACGCUAAAAUAGUUUUUUCUUCCUUAGAUGUUCGAUGAUAAAUUAUAAGGGAUGAAUAUUGCUUACUAUGUUUUCAACUUUUUGGCCUUGUCAUUAACUUUUAUAUUAAAAAAACUGUAUAGAGUGUUAAAAGUCAGUCAGCCUUUAGAUAUUCCCUUGAAUUUAUUUUUUUGAAAUCGAAAAAUCACAAGAAUUAUACAAUAUUAAGAAGUUCAGAAAUUAAAAAUGUUUAAGUUUCUAAAAGUGGGAAACUUUUUCUCUGCGUACUUACUCAAAUGUAUUAUUCAAUUGUCUAAUUUUUUUCUUCAAGUAUGCGCAGUACAUACGUGUAAAACGUUUAUUUGGAAAAUUUACUUUCACCAAUGAAGUAAGUACAUCAAAACAAAGUUAGGGAUGAUCGUUCACAAAUUUUCACCCACGAGACUACAUGGAUUGACUUUUUUUUGAAGAUUACAAUAUUUUAAAACAAUAUUGAGGUACCAUAAAAAGUGUUACUGAAAAAGCCAAAAAUCUACCUGCUGUGAUUUGUUCAACCAUUUUCUGCUAUCUGUAGUUUAAAAAUAAUUUACCCCGCAUUUCCUUCACAAUAUGUUGAAUUUCAAUUUUUUCUUCUCAACAAAUUCGAGUGAAGUGUGUAUGUCAUUGUUCAAAAAAUGUAUAGUUUUUCACGGAACUUUCAAUUUGUUGAACAUACCUAAUGGUCUGAUUUUGGUUGCAAAUGAAUUAUUAAACGUAGAAGCUUGACAAAUACUCAGUCAUUUUUCCGCAGCAUUUUUUCUGAACACCAAAAAAUCUAUAAAGAAACACAAGUGCUUAUGUCUUAUAUCCAGCACUAGCGUUUCUUUCUCUCUGUAGAUUGCUUUCCUGCAUUCAUUUUCCCACCUCAACAGCACAUGUGUUCUUAAAGAACUGAGCUGAGAAUUCUGAUGUAUUUUUCCGCAUUUUUGUAGGUUUAACUGAGAUUAGAAUUGGAUCCUUAAGUGUUGAAAAGUUAUACGAGAAGAAUGGUUAAACGUGUUGAAGGAUCCCAAUAAAAAUGGCACUUGUAAAUGCCGAAUUAUAUCUUACAAUCAGUACAAAAUAAACACUCAAGUCAGAGUGAUUGUAUAAAAACGUUUAAACAGGAACUUGUAAAUAUAAGUGUACAUUUGGAAUGAGAUUGUACCCUUUUCAUGAUAAUUAUAAAUGGUAUGAAUGAUA